AUGGAGUCCUCCUUCACCAUCAAGAAGUCACCAAGACCUUCUUCUUCCUCACUUGUUCUCACGACAUUCAUCCCAGUAGCAUUGCUUCUCCUCCUCUCUUCCUUGUUAUUCUCCCAUCAACCCCCCCAUUCUUCACCACCACCACCAUCGCCCUUCAUCGUCCGCCCUCCUCCGCCACCACAUUCCUUCAUCAAAAACACCUGCACCAAUACCCUCUACCCUUCUCUCUGUUUUCACACCCUCUCCUCCAUCCCUACUAACCUCCACCAUCACAACAACCAAACAAGACUCCUCCAUCUCCUUCAAUUCGCCAUCCAAAAAACCAUCCACCGUGUCACCAAAUUCCGCUCUAAAGUGGCCACCCUCACUUUCAAGGUUCAAGAAAACGACUGGGUCGACAACUGCAUCGAAUUGCUCGAUCAGACCCUCUAUGAACUCCAAGAAUCCCUCAAACCCUUAUACCCUCCUUAUAACGAUCCACCGCCUUCUGCCACCAUCAAGACCCUUCUCAGUGCCGCCAUGACCAACGAAAACACCUGCAUUGAAGGCUUUUCCGACUUGAAACUCCAAGAUAACGCCCAGACACGCCUCGGUCGCAACUUCCAGAAAUCUCUCACACCCAUCAUGCGCAUGAUCAGCAACUGCUUAGCCAUCGUCAACUACCUGGAAACUAUGGGUCCCACCUUCAAAAAUUCACGUCUUCUGUCCAAAGGCCUUUACCAUGAUCAUGUUCCAUCUUGGAUGACCGCUGCUGAUCGGAGACUUAUGCAGACACCACCCAAAAUGCUCCCACCCACUGUCGUUGUUGCCAUGGAUGGCAGUGGGAAUUUCACGACCAUCGGUGCCGCAAUUAUGAUGGCCCCCAACCGAAGUGCCGGACGAUAUGUGAUUCAAAUCAAAGCUGGGAUAUACAAUGAGAAUCUGGUGAUUUCAAGACAGAAGGUUAACAUCAUGCUGGUUGGAGAAGGGAUGAACUCAACAAUCAUCACAGGUUCCAAAAACUUUGUGGAUGGCUAUACCACCUUCACCUCGGCAACACUAACUGUUGUUGGGAAUAAUUUUUUGGCAAGGGACUUGACCAUCAUGAACACCUCAGGCCCAGAGAAGCAUCAAGCAGUAGCUCUAAGGGUCACAUCAGAUGCUGCAUUCUAUCAUUGCCAAUUCAUCUCUCAUCAGGAUACUCUCUAUGCUCACUCUCUUAGCCAGCUAUAUCGCGAAUGUGCAAUCCACGGCACCGUUGAUUUCAUCUUCGGCAAUGCAGCUGCUAUUUUUGAACGAUGUCUAAUCCUUGUUCGCAAACCAAUCCUGGGUCAGAAAAAUGUCAUCACGGCACAGGGGAGAUUAGACCCGAACCAGAACACAGGCAUAUCACUACAAGAUUGCACCAUAAUGGCUGCACCAGACUUUUCAAUUACUGAAAGGGCAAAUUUCUCCACAUUUCUGGGAAGACCAUGGAGGAAUUAUUCCAGGACCAUCGUCAUGAGGAGCUAUCUAGGGGACAUUAUAGACCCCCAAGGUUGGUGCGCAUGGAAUAAAUACAGCAACCUGGAUACCGUUGAGUACAUUGAAUAUAUGAACUUUGGGCCUGGUGCAGAUACCAGAAAGCGGGUGCAAUGGGCCGGGUAUCACAAUAAUUCUAGUAGAGAUGUAGAGAAAUUCACGAUACAGUCGUUUUUACAUGGGGCCAAUGAAUGGCUAAAGUCCACAGACUUGCCCCUCUGUAGCGGUCUUUAUGCAAAAGAUUGUAAAAGAGGCAGUGCACAGGUUUAUUGA